GCCUAGUCAUGGCAGAGGGGUUCAUGAUCAUGUUGUAUGAGUAUUCACCAGAACUUUGCAUUUUCAUUGUGUCGAUCUGUUUUGUUAUCUCUAUUGCAGCAGUGCUUAGCUGGUUUGGUUUUGGUAUACCGGGAAUUUUACAAAGUUUUGAAGACAGUGAGUCAAGUCUGCAAAUUCCUGAAAGGAGAAUGAUGAGAGUGAAAAACCCAUUUGCACUGGAGUUAAACAGCACCACAUCCUCUUAUUCAGGAGGGGUGAGGCUGAGGCACCACUGUCUGGAGAACUGUGUACUCACCUGUUACUGGGGCUGUGCUGUCCACGGUUUGCAGAAGGCACUCUGGGACCAUGAGCAGGGCGUCCUCAUUACAACACCCCUGCAAUUUGAGCAGGCUCUACGUGGCUCAUACCAACACCGCAGCACUUUGUUCAUUGAGAAGCGAGAACGCUCAGAGAUUCUGUGCCGGCUGCCUGGAGAUUCGAGUGUCCAGGAUGCGGGAAGUCUUUCAACAGCACGUUAUCCCUUUGUAGCUCUGCUGACACUGGAGCAGCCUGACAAGAGAGAGCUUUAUGAAAUUGUUGCCAGUGUGUCCGUAAUUCACAUCUCUCAUGAGAAUUUCAGACUACCCUCUAGGCUUUUGUACCAGUAUCUGCUGACCGCACAAGGCCACGUUUAUGACCUGAAGCAGCUCUUCAUGUCAGCCAACCAUAGAAGCCGAGCAGAGGAUUCUGACUUGUUUUGCAAAGGGAAGGAACAGCAGCAGGAAGGAGAUGAAAGGGCAACCACAGCAACUGCAGCAUCCUCUUCAGAGGAAGAAGGCAGCGUCAGAGGAGAUCGGGAUUGUGUGGUUUGCCAGAAUGCCCCUGUCAAUCAAGUGCUGCUGCCAUGCCGGCACACGUGCCUGUGCGACAGCUGUGUGGAGCGCUUCCACCAGUGUCCAGUGUGUCGGGCAAAUAUCUGGGAGUCCUUUGCUCUGUACCAAAAGACACUGCACUAUGGGGACAGAGCUUGAGAACAAGGGGAAACAGGCCGCUGUGCUCCUUAAGGGAAUGGAAAACCAGUUGGCAUAGUGGUUACAGUGAGCGUAAUGUGACCUCCUUUCAUUAACUGACACAAAGGUGCAGGGUACCAACCUUGUCGAAUAAGUCAUCGUAGAUAUCAUGGGUGGGGACAAUGACCAUAACAGGGUAAUGGAUACUAGCCAUAUACAAAAGUAUGUACAGCUCCUGAAAUGUUUUUUCUCUUCUAACAUACGUAAAAACAUCAAGGUUUGAUCUUCAUUUAAACAUUAUCUGUGGAUAAAGGUGAUGUAAACAUGGCUUGAUGCUUGUUAUAUGUUGUAGUUCCUGGGAUUAUUAAAAAAAAUGCAAGUUUUGCAUGCAGAAAAGUAAGUACACCCCGCCAUU